AUUUUGGGCGCCGACCAGACGCGGCAUUUUCGGAAAAUAGCGCCCGGUGCAGCUGAAGCGCUCUGUGUGUAGCGGGGCCGCGUCAGCCCGGCCGCGUACGAGGCGCUUCGGGUGGCCGCACCACCUCCUGCUGCUCCCCGUCGCCGCUCCCGAAGCUUUUCCAGAUGUCCCUGGUAGAUUUGGGGAAGAAGCUUUUAGAAGCAGCACGAGCAGGUCAAGAUGAUGAAGUUCGUAUUUUGAUGGCAAAUGGAGCUCCUUUUACUACAGACUGGACAAAAAUAUCUAGACAUCAAACAACAAAGCUGGGAACCUCUCCCCUUCACUUGGCGGCACAAUACGGGCAUUAUUCCACCACAGAAGUACUGCUCCGAGCUGGUGUAAGUCGGGAUGCAAGAACCAAGGUGGACCGAACGCCAUUACACAUGGCAGCUUCUGAAGGCCAUGCCAGCAUAGUAGAGGUUUUGCUUAAGCAUGGUGCUGAUGUCAAUGCAAAGGACAUGUUAAAGAUGACAGCUCUACAUUGGGCCACAGAACAUAAUCAUCAAGAGGUGGUGGAACUUUUAAUUAAAUAUGGUGCUGAUGUACACACACAAAGUAAAUUUUGUAAAACUGCAUUUGACAUUUCUAUAGACAAUGGGAACGAAGACUUAGCAGAGAUAUUACAGAUUGCCAUGCAGAACCAAAUCAACACAAACCCAGAGAGUCCCGACACUGUGACGAUACAUGCUGCGACACCACAGUUUAUCAUUGGACCUGGAGGGGUGGUAAACCUAACAGGUCUGGUAUCUUCAGAAAAUUCAUCCAAGGCAACAGAUGAAACGGGUGUAUCUGCUGUUCAGUUUGGAAACUCCUCCACAUCAGUAUUAGCUACAUUAGCUGCCUUAGCAGAAGCAUCUGCUCCAUUGUCCAAUUCUUCAGAAACUCCAGUAGUGGCUACAGAAGAAGUAGUUACUGCAGAAUCUGUGGAUGGUGCAAUUCAGCAAGUAGUUAGUUCAGGGGGUCAGCAGGUCAUCACAAUAGUUACAGAUGGGAUUCAGCUUGGAAAUUUGCACUCCAUUCCAACCAGUGGAAUAGGCCAGCCCAUCAUUGUGACGAUGCCAGAUGGACAACAAGUAUUAACAGUACCAGCAACGGACAUUGCUGAAGAAACUGUGAUAAGUGAAGAACCACCAGCUAAGAGACAAUGUAUUGAAAUAAUUGAAAACCGGGUGGAAUCAGCAGAAAUAGAAGAGAGAGAAGCUCUUCAGAAACAGCUGGAUGAAGCAAAUAGAGAGGCACAGAAAUACCGACAGCAGCUUCUAAAGAAAGAACAGGAAGCAGAGGCCUACAGACAAAAAUUAGAAGCUAUGACUCGUCUUCAGACUAAUAAAGAAGCUGUUUAAUUGAAAUGAACAUGUAGUUUGAGUUUGCUUUCGGUCAAGAAAGAAUACAAUCUUGAACUGUACACAGUAAGGUACAGUCUUGGGAGGAUAGGACAGCAGAAGAGACUACAGAUUGAUAAUUGGACUUAAGCCAUGAGCUCUGAAUUCUUGUAACAUAAAACUCUACUUCAGAAGUUGUGAGACGUAUUUAAAACUGAGUUCUGUAAAUAGUUAUUGUUUUUUUUACAGUUCCAAAUGUGCUGAUAAAGAUUGUUGAAGAGAUCCAAAAACACAAUAAGCCACUGUUUUUGUGAAUUCUUUUGGUUUUAGUACGAACCUUAAUUUCUCAGAAACAGAACAGUUUUAAGGGUGAUCGUUAUUGAUUAGACCAAAUGUUGUGUAAUAAUUAUGUGGUAGACUGAUGCUGGAAUUACUCCUGUAGGUAUAACUUCUAUAGGAAGAGAAGAUUUCUCCCAGGAAAUCUUUGUACAGCUUUAAGUUGUCUCAGAUUCUCAGAAAACAUUUUUUAGAAAGCAAAUUUUUAUAUUUGUUCAAUUUCAGCUAUACCCAAGUAGAUUUACAUGUAUAUGAAGCAAAUAUUUUUAAAAUUUUCUGUUUGUACAUAUUCCGCAUGUUUUAUAAUUUCAAAUGCAUCACUUGCAUAGGUGUGUUUCCCACAAAAUGAAAGUUAUUAGAAAAAAAACCUCUUUUAUUCUAUAGGUCAUUGAAACUAAGUAAGCUAGCAGCUGGUUUUAUUGGAAUGACAAUGUUCUUGGAAGGAGCAGCUUACAAGAUAACUUGAAUUUGCAAACUGUAAAAUCUAUGCUUUUUUGAAAAUUUCAUAGUGGGGACGUGAAACUGUAUUCUGUGCCUUCCAUCAUGAUUUCCACAUGAAAGCACUUUAAGGCACUGGAUUUUAAGAUAAUGUUUUUGGAAAACUCAAAGCAUAUGGGUUUCUGAAAUAUUUCAUGUACUCAUUUCCCCCCCAGGAAAUUAUUCUUAUGGAAAAAUAAUUGCUUUUGUAUGUAGAACAAGAACUUUUUGUACUACAUUGAUGCUAUAGAUACGUCUAACAUAACUUACUUUUCCCUGUGAAAGCUCUACAUGUGUGCUGCAACUUACUCUCAUCACACAAUAUUGUUGAAUUCCACAAUGUAUGGACAUUAAACUCUGACAUACUGUUCAUUCUUUUUUUGUAGAACAUAACUUCAAGCCCUUUUCUCUUGCUUUAUUUUUUAAUGUUUAGUUGCUUUAUGAAAAUGUUUAACCGGAAGACCCUUCUAGAUUACCUAUACUGUAUAAAGAAGCAAUUACCCUUAAAACUGUACUCUGGCCUACUUUUCUAUUUUACAAUUAAAUAUCUUUUCCACAUA